AUGGCAAACACUAAGAGCGGUGUCAAACUUGACCAUCUCCGAGGUUCAUCGGAUCACAUCGAUGAGGCCUUGCCACACAAUGAUAAAGAUACCAUCGUUAAAUGCAAGAGCAACGAGCUUGGCAUGACCGAAGAGGAAUAUGACGCAGCUGAGACGAGCCUGGUCCGCAAGCUGGAUUAUACCCUUGUGCCCAUGGUCUGGCUACUUUAUCUGUUCAACUAUCUUGACCGAAACAACAUUGCACAGGCACGACUGAGUACAUUCGAACAAGAUCUUGGCCUCAAAGGAAACCAGUUUAACGUAGCAGUCUCAAUUCUAAACGUAGGCUACAUGCUUAUGCAGUUACCUAGCAACAUGCUGCUUACACGAACCCGACCGUCGAUUUACAUUCCAUUUUGGACAGCUCUGUGGUCUAUCAUCUCUGCUGCUACCGCAGGUGCUGGCAACUACUCUCAUCUACUUGUUAUUCGGUUCUUCUUGGGUAUCGCCGAAGCCCCAUUCUUCCCCGGUGCAAUGUAUCUCCUGAGCUGCUGGUACCCUCGAAAGGAACUGGCUCUCCGCACAGCGAUUUUGUAUUCUGGUGUCCUCCUUGCCACAGCUUUCUCAGGUCUCAUCGCCGCUGGUGUGCUAUCCAAUCUUGAAGGUGCACGGGGAAUUGCUGGUUGGCAGUGGCUAUUCAUUAUUGAAGGCGCAGGGAGUUUUGUGGCAGCUCUCCUAGGCUUCGUCCUCUUGCCUGAUUUCCCUGGUCAAAAGUCCGGAGUGAUGAAAUGGCUCCUAACGGAUGAUGAGCAAAAGGUCGCAGUUGAACGCAUUCAGAGGGAUCGUGUAUCCCUGCCUCAGGCUGAUAGCAGUGUCUGGAGUGGCCUGGUAAUGGCUGCAAAGGACAUCCGAACUUGGGUUUUUGUAAUUAUGCUCACGGCCAACCAUAGCGCAUACGGCUUCAACAGCUUCUUCCCAACCAUCGUCAAGGGCUUCAAACUCGGAGACAACACUCUAACGCUCGUUCUGACAGCCCCGCCGUACCUUGUAGCUACUGUCACCGCCUUUGCUACAGCUUGGUCCAGCGACCGUCGCAAAGAUCGUGGCUACCAUAUCGCGGUGCCUCAGUUCGUUGCUUGUAUCGGAUUCAUCAUCUCGGUCUCGACCCUCAAUAACGCAGCUCGAUAUGCAGCCGCUUUCUUAUACAUCUGCGGAUGCUUCUCUUCCAACGCUAUGGUAUUCAGUUGGGCAAGUUCAACCUUAAACCAGACACCUGAGAAGCGAGCUUGUGCUACAGCCAUCAUCAACCUUCUCAGUCAGCUGGGAAACAUCUGGAGUCCUUAUUUCUUCCCAUCUAGCGAUGGUCCACGAUAUGUCAAGGCUAAUCUCUUGAUGAUGGCUUUCUCACUACUUUCUGUGCUGACUUGUGUGGUGAUGAAGAUGAUGCUGAGGAAAGCGAACAGAAAACUCAAGGAGAGCGGUCAGGAUGUUAAUUUGUUUACGUUGUAG